AUGAUCAUUAUCUCUAUUGCGUUUUUGUUGUUAACAAUUUCUAUCGAUAGUGUUUCAGCGAUUACGAUAGAUUCAAUACGUAUUACACAAGUACAAGAUGAGUUAGCCCCACACGAAAAUUCAAAUGCUUAUAUUGUGAUUUCCGAAAAUUCUCUCGAAGGAUUUUUCGUUGAUACAGGUUCAACAAUUAACAUGACCUCACGAAUGAUCUCAUUAUAUCAGCAGCAAAUCCAAUCGACUAGCAAGCCACCUCAGUUUGUUUUUCUUACUCACGGACAUCCAGAUCAUAUGGCUGGCAUCGUUCGCAUUCAAGAGGUUUAUCCUUCAACGCCAAUUUAUGUAAUUAGUCAACAGAUUAUUCGAGAAGCUGUUAAAUGGGUGAAUUUUAGUUGUUCUAUAAAUUCAUAUUCUGCCGCUCAAUGCGCCAUUAACUAUGCAAGUGUCUUACGCGCGCUCAGUUCACCUCGACUUCAACUUACGUUCAAUCAUCCGUCUGUGAAGUUAGAUGCUCUUAGCGUUGUGAUAAAAGGUGAAACAUCAUAUGCAGGCCUAUUAGGAUUAACCACUUCGUCGGGCGUACACUUUCUUUUCACGGGCGAUGCAAUGACUAUACGAUCACAUUUAUAUGUUAGUAAUUUCUUUGAAACAGAAGUAUUGCCUGCAAGUGACGAUGCACUUUGCGCGUGGGCAGGAAGCAUGCAGGCAUCGGUUUGUGAUCUACAACUUGGAAAUCGUCGAUCAACAAUUUUGCCUGGUCACGGUCCCACAAGUGAUGUUUCUAGUUAUGCCAAUGAUGUUGCACAGAACGUAGAGUGGCUUCGAGUAUUAAGAAAUCUGACAUUCAACAGUUGUAACUCUACAUAUAUCUGGAACGAAAUGAUUCGACGAUAUCCAGACUUUGGUGAAGUCCUGCUCCAAGUAAAAGGCGGUCUCAAUACACAUGUACCUGCCGAUGCAAAUAGUGUUAACUGUAAUUGUACGAAUGGUUCACCGACAAUCUGUUCAGUAUAUAACGCACCGCCUACCUGCAUUCAUUUAGAUUUCAAUGGCAGUGACACGACACUUGCCUGUAGUAUGCUUUCGAGUACCUCCUCAUUUGUUAGCCAAUCAUUACUAAUUCAGCCAGUUACUUUACUGACAACAAUCAUUUUCAUUUUACGCAUUUGCCAUGACUAA